AUGCUAUCCGAGGCUCGUUUUCCCCCUUCGCUCCUUCGUCGGCUGGGCGCGCAAUGCUCUCGCCGGCGGUAUCAGUACUGCUUUGGAGCGGCUAUCCUGAUCUUCAUCCUAUACCACUUCCAGGAGGCCGUCGUUCCCCUUGAAUCGCGCGCAAAACUCACUUCACAUCUGUCCAAACCCUCCAUAGCCCGUGAAGUGUCAGCGCGAGAGCUGCUAGCACGCCCAAUUUCGCGUGACCCGGUCACGAUUCCCAAGAUUAUCCAUCAAACAUGGUUUCCAGCUGGGAGCAACAUGUCGGGGCGUGCCCAAGCUUGGGUACAGACAAUGAGAGAGCAGAACCCAGAUUGGGAAUGGGUGCUCUGGGAUGACCAGACCAACAACAUGCUGGUCCAGCAAUAUUUCCCGUGGUUCUGGGACGAGUAUGCCGCGUUGCCCAAGGAGAUUUUGCGCGCUGAUCUGGUCCGCAACUUCUAUAUGUAUCUGUUUGGAGGCAUGUAUGCGGAUGUGGAUACCGAAGCUCUCAUCCCUGUCGAGCCACUCUUCACAGGACACGGAACCUCGCUGGCUGCGCACAAGACGAUCCUCUCGUCUUCUCACCGUAGCCAAAAUCGCCGUGUUCAAAGAGCCUUUAUGGGAAGAAUGGCUCAUAGCGAAGACCUCAUGAGUUCGGCAGCUGUUCCCAACGGCUGGAUGGCAUCUCCCCCAGGACAUCCUUUCUGGCUCAUGGCCAUCUUGUUUGUGCUGGAGCACCCGGAAGGCACUGGCGAUGGCUCUGUGGAAGGUUUGACUGGGCCUGGUGCUCUAAGCCUUAUGAUUAAGAACUAUUAUGCGCAUUCUGGAGCUGAAUCAAUGAAACAGCAUGUUUGUCAUCGAAUUCGGCAGCGCCAGCCUUCGUGGUCGUUGUUCUGUGAAGAGGAGUACCUGAAUGACGAACGGCUACACGAUGCUCUGGUCCUCCUCCCGCGACAACAGAUUUAUCCAUUCAGUUGGGCUGAUGAUCAGGACUCGGUAUGUUUGGCGGCUCAUGAUAAUCCUCUUUUUAAUGCCGAUGAAUGCAAGAGGUUGAUGGACGUGGAGGCCUGGCCGAGCUAUUUCAUUACAUACUGCACACACUCAUGGUAG